UUUCUUUUAAAGUUUAUAGUGAAUUAAAUACUUUGGAGUUACAAACCAAUGUGACAAACGGAACGGAUCCAGAUGGAGUCUUAUCAAAAAUGGAAAAGUUACCUAAGACAAAUCCUGAAGAAAUGAAAGGGAGGCCAUCCUUUGCACCAGCAAAUUUUCUGUUUCGGCCGCCAGAUGGUCUGAAGAGCUAUGAUGUAACACCUAGGACUCCAACAAGUACCGCUACUUUGUCACCCGGUUACAGCUGCAUCUCUUUAAAAACAGAAGUUGAUAAGACUCUAGAAGUAACAAAAGAAAUUUUGGCAUGCAAAAGUAAAACUUCAGUACAUCAAGAUUCCAAUGAAUUACGACGUCCUUUGAGUUCUCUGUCAGUCGGGAGCACAGAUCGUGUCUUAAAUAAAAAUGAAACCACUACUGAAAAUUUACGUGGCUUUCCAAUAAAAGAAGUCCCAUCACUCGAAAGAAAUGAAGAUCAGACAUCUCAGCAGCGACAUGUGCUGCAUUUCAGAAAGAUUCCCCGAUAUGAAAGAGAGGAAUUAAUAUUGACCAACUGCCUUGAGUGGGAAAGGAAGCUUGAAGCAUAUAUUCCAAACAAAGAAGAUCUUAUUCCCCUCGGAGUUGAUCAAAAAAGACUCGUUAAGGCAGAAAUAUUCAAACGGUUUGAAGAACUGCUGGACAAUUUGGAAUACAAACUAGGCAAAAAGGAUACCACCUGUGCAGACCUGGAUGGGUUCUGGGACAUGGCCAGCUUUCAGAUACAGGAUCUGUGCCAAAAAUUCAACAAUCUGACCAUACUUGAGGAGUGCGGAUGGGAGAAAGCCAGUAAUACGAGCAAAGAUAUGUUUCAAGACAAAGUUGUUUCGGGUAUAGUGAGUGAACCAAAACAGGAUGAUGCCAGGAUUGCUGAUGGGGGUUGCCUCACUGCUGUGAAGAAGGCAGUGAGAGAGAGGAUGCAGCUGGGUGAGUGUGCUGAGGCCAUGGGCUCUGCGGUGCCGAAGGAAGUUGAUCGUAUAACAUUUGACGCUGGAUCUUUUAGAAUCAAAAGUCCCAUUAAAUCGUUCUCAGCAGUAUUUGAUAAUAAAAAUCUCAUGACUGAAUGCCAUCUUCUUGAUUCACCACGCCCAGGGUGCAGCAAUCCCUUCACACAGGUGGAGAGGAGACGACAGGAGCAUGCCAGACACGCUUCCUUUGGUGGGGACUUAAUUGCCUUUUCACCUCGAACGCCUCCUAAUAGAAAUCAACCAGAAGAACUGUGAAUUUAAAAAAGCAGAACAUUUUUUUCAUAAUCUCCAUGCUGGAGUGUGUUCUUCGAUACUGAAAAGUUAAAGAAUAUGGAUUCAUGUUCAUGUAUAUACUGUUAUGUAAUGUUUUAAUAUUUACUAAAGUGUGUUUUAGACAUACUGUUUUUCAGGACAUGUGGGGAUAUUUUUUACUUUAUGAAGAAUAAAAAAUGCAC